AAAGAUUGCUGAGAAGACACGUCGUCUCUGUGAGAACUUUUCUUUUUCUUCUGGUAAAUUCUGGAGAGAGAUAUAUUUUUUUCUUCUUUCGGAGGUAGAUUGAUUAGAGAAGAAUUAUGGCGGAAGUGAUUAGCAAAACGAGUUUGUUCAUCGGAGCUUGUGGGAAUCAACACCACCGUGUAGAUGAUUUCUCUUUGUCUCCGGUGAGUUUUGGUGGGUUUGGUUUGAAAAAGAGUUUCUCUUGUCUGAAGCUGAAGAAUCAAAAGCCUCUUAGAAGUGAAUUCCAUGGAAAACAGAUCGUUUUCGGUGAUGCUCAAGACGAGAGCUUCAGAAGGAGCUUCCGAUCUUCAGCCAUCACAGCUCAGACAACUUUGAGGAUUGGGACAGCUCAGAAGUGGUGGGAGAAAGGUUUGAAAGAAAACAUGAGAGAGAUCUCUUCAGCUCAAGAACUCGUUGAUUCUCUCACUAACGCUGGUGAUAAGCUUGUUGUUGUUGAUUUCUUCUCACCUGGCUGUGGGGGCUGCAAGGCUCUUCAUCCUAAGAUAUGUCAGCUGGCAGAGAUGAACCCUGAUGUGCAGUUUCUUCAGGUGAAUUACGAGGAGCACAAGUCCAUGUGUUAUAGCCUCGGUGUCCAUGUUCUCCCUUUUUUCCGAUUCUACCGUGGCUCUCAGGGUCGUGUUUGCAGCUUUAGCUGUACCAAUGCCACGAUCAAGAAAUUCAGAGAUGCAUUGGCGAAGCAUGGUCCAGAUAGGUGCAGCCUUGGACCGACUAAAGGCCUUGAAGAGAAAGAGCUUGUGGCACUUGCAGCCAACAAAGAACUCAACUUUACUUACACACCAAAGCCUGUACCAGUUGAGAAAGAAGCAGCCACUCCUAAUUUAAACCCAAGUCUCCCUGUUCCUCUUCCUUCGAUGAGCGCCAAUGACGAAAAAACAUUGGUCUCCGCAGGGAGAUGAGAUCGAAUAAACAUUUCCCUGUACA